AAUGCACAACGAUUGGGAAGCGAAUCGGGCAAGAAUGGGUGAGAUAACUGAUCUCAAACUGACAGCAAAAAACACAACUCGAGGCAUGCACCUGCUGGCAGUGUUGUUGGUCUCAAUCACGUCCGCGCGUCGUUAAUACAUACUGAUCAUCUUCACUGACAGCAAAGAUUCCGCCGUUAGUUUGCGCAGCAUUUCAAAGACUAGACGCUUAAGCAUGUCUGCCCAGGUCGAGGAAAUCGCACCAGAUGAUGCUGCAGCAGAGCCUGCAAAACCGACGGGGACCAAAAAGAAAGCAAAAAGUAAACCAAAGCCUGCAUCUGCAGAAAAGAAGGAGAAAAUAAAGAAGAAGAAGAAGGGUAAAGGGCCCGGAAAGUACAGCCAGCUGGUGAUCGAUGCGAUCAAAACCUUGGAUGAGAAAAACGGCUCGUCUCUUUUUAAGAUCUAUAACGAGGCGAAGAAAGUAAGCUGGUUCGACCAGAAGAACGGCCGCGUGUACCUGCGCUACUCCAUCCGCGCGCUGCUGCAGAACGACACGCUGGUGCAGGUCAAGGGGCUCGGCGCGAACGGCUCGUUCAAACUCAACACGAAGAAGUUCUCCUCCAGCACCAAGAAGAGCUCGGCGAAGCCAAAAAAGCCCGCAAAGCCUGCGAAACCGGCCAAAAAGCCAGCCAAAAAAGCAGGAGAGAAGGGGAAGAAGAAAAGCGUCAGCGGCUUGAGGAAGAAAGCGCUUCCACCCAGCAAGAGCCGCUCCAAGCCGGAGACAGAGGAGGAGACAAGCGCAGCCGCCCCCGCCAAGAAGCCGAGCAAGCCCAAGAAAGCCAAGCAGGCAAAAAAGACUGUUAAGAAGGCUUGAACGUAGCUAGCAUGCAAUCUUCAAUCUAUGUUUAAAUUGCUUCACUUACUUAUUAAAGCAUUACGCUCCCUGUAAAUAUGCCCUACAACCGCAGAGUUAAUUAAGAAAAAUAUCCACAGUAUUUACCCAAGUCUGCAAGUCAUUGUGGUUCUCAGUGUUUUACAGAUUUAACCAAAUGUAAAUAUAUAUAUAUAAAAAAACAAAACUUUUGUAACGUCUGGCCCCCCCCCCCCUUUAUUUUCUUUUUUUGUUUGUUUUUAUACUGCUUGUUAAAAUUAACUGGUGUCCUCAAAAAAUAAAAUAUUUUUUUA